CCCGACCAUUGACAAAACAACUACCUAGUUAAUUGGUUUUGAGAUUCGGCCUGAAAGCGCCGCCAAAACUUGUUUUGGCCGCGGGAAGAAAGAAUAUGCCUCGGGCGCGGCGGUCCCGCUUCGACUCCGCCUUUCGGUCUGCUUAAAGAUGAGGAUUGCCAUCCGGGUGCAGCUCGCAGCGGUCGUGAUACUCGCCGUUGGAGCUGCCCUCGCCGUCGUUUCCAUCCCCGUUUGGGUGUUUGUGAACAGUUUUGUCGUCGGCGUCGAGUCUGACGGCUUGUCCUUGACUGCUUCUCUCAAGGCCGCUAGGAUCGCCUCUGAGAUCAACCUGAUUCAAACGGCCUGCCAAACCAUCUCGACGCGCUUAUUGCUACAGGAUGGCUUCACCAAGUUCUACGCUUCCCAAAUCAACAACAGAACUGAUGACGAUCCCUGGGAGGGAGCCCAGGACGACAUUGCGAGCGCCCUCGCUCGCACCGGCUUCUCCGGCUUGCUGCAAGCUCGCCUGUACUCGCGAAACACAACCGGCGACGCAAAGGGCCUCUUCAGCAUCACCGGCAACGGGGCUACAGAGUCCGGCCACAUCUUGCUGCCAUACACGGCCCCCAAUGGCUCCCAGGUGCACCUCGGGGAUCCGGAACAUGGCUUCCCGCCUUCGCUCUAUCCCAACAUCACCUACCGCGACCUCGGCCGUCCCAGUGAGGCCAUGCCCGACACCAAUGCUUUUUCCGCCGCUGUAUUCCCUGGUGUUUCUUUGGGAAACGGUAGCGAGAAAGCGGGCGUUCUUCUUGGCCCGUUGGUUAUCAACUCGACGUUUGCCCUCCUCUCCAUCACCAUCCCUGUCCGCGACGUGAAAAACAGCAACUUUACCCUCGGCUACAUGACCCUGGUGGCGAACUCGAAGACACUAGUCGAAGUGCAAACGUCCCUCGAAGGCUUAGGCAGUACUGGAAUUGUGCUCUUCAUUGGUUCCGUCAACCCUUGGAAUCACUUCAGUGCACCCGUGGCUGCAAGCAACAGGACUUGGGUGCCGCCAAUGGAGGAAUUCCGGGAACAGGAAGUACAGGUUCUUCUCCCACCGCAGCCGGCAGCCGGCCAAGGAGACCAACGCAAUCGACGAAGCUUUGGGUCUGGUAAGUACAGUGAUGCAUUCCGGCUACACCAAUAUCCGGCCGUGCUCAGUGUCCUCAGCACUCAAAAUCCCUACCCGAACAACGCCACUAGCAAGCUCUCGGCGAAAAAUGAGCAGGGUAAUUCGGUAGCCGUGGGUGUUGCCCGGCCGCAGAGCUCACUGGUGUCUUGGGCCAUCGUGGUGGAGAAAGACCAGGGCGAGGCCUACCAACCGAUCCAAACGCUCCGGAGCAUCCUUCUGGGAUGUGUUUUUGGGACUCUCGGCCUGAUUCUCUUAGUCGUCUUCCCGUUUGCACAUUGGAGCGUCAUGCCAAUCAGGCGUUUGAAAAUCGCCACAAAAAACUCCGUGGACCCCCCUGGUUAUGAGGAUGACGACGACGAUGUCUUUGAUGAGGAAAACCCGAGCUCGGGUGGUACGACAUCAGGAAGGUCGUCCGAAAAGGGGAUGCUGGCCAAGAUCCGCCGGAAGAUGCGCAAACGACGCAGAGCUAAGCUACGGCAAGGCGUUGCGGUCGAGCCAGGGCGUCGUCAGUUCAAAAUACCCGCCAAGGUUGAGGAUGGAAAGCAUUACGUGACGGACGAGUUGACGGAGCUCACCCAAACCUUCAACGAGAUGACGGAAGAACUGCUAAAGCAGUACACGUUCCUCGACGAAAAGGUGGCCGAACGGACAAAGGAGCUCGAGAUCAGCAAAAAGGCUGCCGAAGCGGCCAACGAGAGCAAGACGCUUUUCAUCGCCAACAUUUCGCACGAGCUGAAAACACCCCUCAAUGGCAUCAUGGGCAUGUGUGCCGUCUGCAUGGAGGAGGACGACCUACAGCGAAUAAAGCAGUCUCUCAAGACUGUCUACAAAUCAGGCGAUCUGUUGCUUCAUCUACUUGAAGACCUGCUGAGCUUUUCCAAGAACCAGAUGGGACAGCAAGUCAGCCUUGAAGAGCGCGAGUUCCGCCUAGGCGACAUCCGGUCCCACAUUUUGGCCAUCUUUGACAAGCAGGUCCAUGAAAGCAAGAGCGGCUUCACAGUGACCUUCGUCUCCGACACCGGCUCUGGUCGCGACAGGCGGUCUAGCAUGGACAAGAGACUCCCGGUCUUGGGCCCCCCGGGAGUGGGCAGACUCAAGGAUAUGUGUCUCUGGGGUGACCACCACCGGAUUCUGCAGGUCAUCAUCAACCUCGUCAGCAACAGCCUGAAGUUCACGCCAGCCGGGGGCACGGUCAAUCUCAGGAUACGCUGCGUCGGAGAGGUUGAGCAGCCGAGUGAUGACAGUAGGACGUCGUCGCUUUCCAAGACGGGCUCUGGCCGCGCAGGUCGUCCCCGGCACCGGAUGGGAUCCGUAUCGACGGCCUCGGCAAGCUCCAAGGGUGGCCCUCUGCCCAUCUUACCGGCCAACGGAGGGACCGCCCUCGCCAUCAAUCCCAUGGAACUGAAAGCUGGUCCACACAUACACAUCAGGGAACGCUCACCGACGCCCCCGCCGCCGAACGCGAAGACAUACCUCUUUGAGUUUGAAGUGGAGGACACAGGGCCCGGCAUUCCUGGUCACAUGCAGCAAAAGAUCUUUGAGCCGUUUGUCCAGGGCGACCUAGGGUUGAGCAAGAAGUAUGGCGGUACCGGCCUUGGUCUUAGCAUUUGCUCUCAACUGGCUACGCUGAUGGGAGGCCAUAUCUCGCUCAAGAGCACGCUUGGCGUGGGGACGACCUUCACGAUGCAGAUUCCUCUCAAAUAUGUCAAGGAUCGCACCUCAAGUACAGCGUCUAGCAGCAUGAAAUCUCGGCCGCCCAGUGUAGGCUCCACCGAGGGCGAUGUGCGAAAUCUGGCCCCCCGGGUUUCAAUGGAAGUCCAACACCAACCGGCCCCAUCCACUGUCCUCGACCAGCAGCCGCGACUUGUCGGCCUCAGCCAGCCGUUCUUUGCGACGAACCCAAACCGCCGACUAAGCAAGGAAGACCAGUUGGCCGCAAUUGACCGGGCCAUGGCGAGCAAAGCUGGCCAAGGAAAGUUGCGAGUUUUGGUUGCCGACGACAACUCAACCAACAUCGAGGUCGUCAGCAGGCUAUUGAAGCUGGAGGACGUGUACGAUGUCACCAUUGCUAAGGAUGGGCAGGAGGCAUAUGACCUCGUCAAAAUCAACAUGGAAAACAACCAGCACUUCGACGUCAUCUUCAUGGACAUCCAAAUGCCCAACUUGGAUGGGCUUCAGUCGACACGCCUGAUCAGGAAGAUGGGGUAUUCGGCCCCCAUUGUCGCAUUGACUGCUUUCUCGGAAGAGAGCAAUGUCAAGGAAUGUAUGGAAUCCGGCAUGAAUGAGUUCCUCAGCAAACCGAUUCGCCGACCGGCUUUGAAGCAGGUCCUAGCCAAGUUUGCAACCAUACCUGAAGAGCCGGAGACAUCAAGCUUGACGCGGAAAACGACGCCAGACAAGACCCCGAUAGGGACACCCGAUAAAGAGGCCAACGACCCUAUCGCUAACGGCACUGCUAUGCCCAAGGCCAAUGGGGUCCAUCCUCCGCCUGUUGUUUCUACGGUGGAUACACAAUAGCACACUUCGGGGUGCUACACACUCCUGGUGGCACGAGAUGUGUCCCUCCCCCGACCGUCGACCGUUCGGCAUGCUCCCGCUUCCGGGCGUGACCUCGGAACCAACCUUCCUCGUUUCUUCAUUCUUUGUAUAUUCUAUGCUCUUAAUUUCCCCCUUUUUUUGACGCCGUUGCAUUAGUUGAACAACUGGCGAGGCGUUACGGUAGUUCAAGACGGCGCACAUGUACUCCUUUUUGGCGAUCAUUACAUAUGUCGCGAAUUUCUUCGAUUUCAGAGCGGCCAAAACGAAGGUGUUGGGAGGUAGGUAUCCGGAUCAUUGUUACCCUCCCUGACGAAGAUGACUAUAGAAGGGCAGAGGAUAUCUGUGGCUUGGGGGAGCAGCGUACUAUCGAUCUUAAAACAUAAUCACAACUAAGUUAAAUAAUAUCAUGACUCGAUGCGAGCCUAACUUUAGCGGAGGAGCCCGCCCGCCUUCA